AUGGAAAACUUGAGAAACUGGAAGAAUGAGAAUAUGGGUGUAAACAAAAUAGGGAAGACAAUAAAAAAGAAUUCAUCACAGCAAUCAAUUGAUUUCGGAAACAAUGGCAUAACUAGCGGCAAACAUCAUUACCCGCAUCCAAAAAUUCAUCACAUUCACAAAGACGAAUUUAAGAGUUUUGUUAUGCAGACUACUGGAAGAGAAUCAAACGGUCCUACUAAAACUCAAUCUGAGUUUAGUAGGUUGCAGCAAAAUAGGCCUCCUCCGCUGGCCAAUGUGAGGCCACUUGUUCGGUUUCCGAUGCAACCACCACCUCCACGGGUGCCUUACAUUAACGGACUGACCGUCCCUCCGUUGCAGACGAUUAGUGGUCCUCCGGGUUUCGACAAUUCAUGGAAUAAUUUCGUCGAGUCUCCAAUCUCAGCUUUCAUGAGAGAGUUUCAAGACUUGACGAACUACUACGACGGUGGUGCAUCCAGAGGUAAUCAAUUCCAAUCAUACCCUCCUCCUCCCCAACAAUCAAUAAUCAAUAAUGUUAAUGUUAAUGUUCAAUUUCAACCACAGUAUUUUCCGAUUCAAACUCAAAUGGUUAACAAUGUUGAACAUUAUAACCUAUCAUCUGCUAGCAACCAAAAUUUUCCGAAUCCUAAUCCUUCAGUGUCUAUGAAUGUUGCUAGCAACCAAACUUUUCCUAUGAACACUGACAAUCAAUUUAUGAAUAAUUUUCCUCCGUCACAAGGAAAUUACUAUAUGUCUCCAACUUCUGAAUACUUGUUGGCUUCGCCGACACAAAAAGUGAAUGUCCAAUCUUCUCAGUCGCCUUAUAGGCCUCUCUUGUCACCAAUCAUUUUCUCUUCGCCUCCGUCCCCGGAUUACCCUUUCGAACCAUGUCUACAUAAUGAGAUUUUAAGUCCCGAACCUCCGUCUCCACUUUCUGCAGGCAUAUUUCCUUUCACAAGUACUCAUAGGCCAGAUGAUGAUGAAUAG